AUGGCUAAGUAUACCGAAGAACAAUUAUUGGAAAUCAGGGAAGAAGCUUAUGUUCCUCAACAACAAAUCUUAGAUGCUUUCAACAAGUUGAUCGAUCAAGUCAAGGAACAUGCUGCUGCUGAACAUGAAAGACAUAAAGCAAUCAAAUGGAGUAAUGGAGAUACUUAUCUCGAUGAACACGGAAAUGAAAGACCAUACCACCAUAUGAACAGAAGAAGAGCUUCUAGAACUAGUACUCAUAAGCCAAACUUGAGAAAAAAGAGUGUUGAAACUGUUCAUGUUGAUGAAGAUGGUUGGGCAACUUUAUCUAAAACCAAGAAAUCAUUUGGUGCUGAAGAUGGUGCUGAAGAAAAAGCCAAGUUUAGAGAAGCUGUUGGUGUUAAGGCUAGACCAAAUAAUAAGAAUUUAGGUUCUUCUAAAGCCGUGGAUCCAAGAGAAGUUCUUGCUGAUAAACAUACCAGAGCUUUCAAUGCUUUUGAAGCUUUGGAAGAUAACGACGAUGACGAUGAAUAA